AAGUUUUACAGCCGCGCUCGGUGUUUUCCGAGGGAUGAAUUUGCUUGGUAUCGGGCAGCGGUGGUUUGUCUGUUUCUGGUUGUUGGGGCGCAGAUGUCUCUGUAGGGAGUUUUUUUGAUAUAUAUAUGUGUGUGUGUGUGUAUAUAUGUGUGUGUGUAUAUAUAUAUAUAUAUAUGUGCAUCCUCCUGCUAGGGACGCUGUCGUUCAGAGGCUGCAGGCAGCUUGCCUGGGUGGGCGACGUGCUUUCGUGGAGGGCAGAGGGCUAAGGGUGCGUGGCUAUGGGGGCAGAGCCACGUGGCCCCUCUCUCAAUAAGGAGUGUCCCGCAUCUCACUGAGGCUGAUUUUGUGGCAUUUGGCAGUUUUACGCCUUCCCGUGCCCCUGCUGUGGGGUUUUAGUGUCUGGCAUGCCGGGAAGGUGCCGCUGCUCGCUGGUCCGGGUGCUUGCGCACGCCUGUGCCACUCAGCAGGAUCCCGGCUGGCAAAGCCUUCGCACGUGGGCUCCAGUGCCAGGGGGUGAGGUGGGAAACAUCCCUGCCAGAGAGCACCCGGCAUCCCAGGCCCAUGGGAGGGACUUUUCUUAUUAAGAAUCCUUAAAACUUUCAGGAGUGGAUUUUCAGGUGCCGACAGCUGUGCUGGGGCAAGCCGUGGUGUGAGCCGUGUGGCGUUGGGUCAGGCUGCCUCGAAGCCGUAGCGGAAGGAGAGGGAAGCUCUCACUGCGGUGCCUUCCUCUGACCUUGUAUGUAGAGCAGGGGAAGAGAAAGCCGUUCCCCGGCUGCAGGAGCCUGGCUUGUUUUCCUGGCUUUAGGAAUGGUUUUCCUGCCGGCUGAGUGGGUCGGUACCGGUGGGGCACAUUCUCUGUGCUGGAGCUGCGCCGGCUGUGAGAUGGGCCUCGUUUCGGCUGACCAGAUCAUUAAAAAUUGAAACAUCUGGGUGUGAAUAUUUAUCCCCAGGCUGGAGCAGAGAAGCCCAGGGAGGGAGGAGGUGGGGUGGCUGCUCCGGGCCAUGCCCUAGGGGACAGAGCCCCUCCAGGGAGGCCACGUCACCUCAUUUUUUAAGCCCCUCUGGUUAUCUGGCUUAUUUGAGCCUGAAACACGCAUCCAUCCCUGAGCAGGCAGCUGAGGAGCCUGUUCCCUCCUGGUGCUGUUUUUUAAUUGCAGGUUGCUGCCUUGCUUGGGGAAGGACUCCGGCUCCCAGGGCCAAGGGUCUCCCGGGUCCCACGACCCCGCAGCGGUGGUCUGCACUGAGUAGGGUGCUCCGCGCCCACUGCCAUCCGUGCGGGAUUAGUGCUGGGCAUUUGCACCCCUGCCAGGCAGCAGAGUUAAUUUUUGCCCGAAGCGGGUUUCCUGCGUGGCCUGAACUUGCACAGGGAAAAUCUACGGUGAAGCUGGGCAGCCCCGCUCCCCUCUCUGGCCUGAUCCUGGCCCACCUGCGGCACAGGGAGCCACGGCCUCGUAAAUAUUCGGGCACGGGCCGGCGGCGGGGGCGGCGCUGCCCGCCGGCAGACCCGGACCAUGCUGGCCUGCCUGCAGAGGACCCAGAACCCCCCAGCCCAGCACCUCGCCUGCCCCAACAAGGCACUGGAGCCGCGCAAGUGCGAGACGGCGGCACCCAUGCAUUCCCCGCGCUACCCCAGCCCUGCCGAGCUGGACGCCUACGCACAGAAGGUGGCCAACAGCCCGCUGACCAUCAAGAUCUUCCCCACCAACAUCAGGGUCCCCCAGCACAAGCACCUUAACCGGACGGUCAAUGGCUACGACACCACGGGGCAGCGCUACAGCCCCUAUCCCCUGCACGCCGGCGGCUACCAGGGUCUCCUGGCCAUCGUCAAAGCCUCCGGUAAAAGUGUGGUGAAGAACUCGGAGGGGAAGCGGACUAAGCUCUCUCCCGCCCAGGUCGGCGUCGCUCCCUACCCCGUGUCAAGCACUUUAGCUCAAGGUCCCUCCUGCGCCGGGCAGCUGAGCUACCACGGCGGCCAGAAGCAGCUGGAGGGUCCCGUGCCCCCCAACGUGACGGUGGCGGCCUCCGUGCUGCCGCUGGCGGGCAGGAGCCUGGCCCUGCCGCCGUCCAACCUGCCCUCCAUCCAGAGCAUCAUCUACCAGAUCAAUCAGCAGUGUCAGGCGCAGGGCGCCCAGCCGGGCUGCCCUGCCGUCGUGGCCGCCAACCCCAGCCCGGCCAAGCACGGCGCCUUCCCCGGCGCCGCCGCAUACGCCGGCGCCGUCCUGCCGGAGUGCCGCAAGGGCACCGAGCUGGCGCUGGGCUCCAACCCGGCCGCGGCCCUGGGACCCAAGGCGGGCGUCUACCCCGAGGGCAUGGACUACCUGGUCUGGCAGCAGAAGCAGCAGCAGCAGCACCUGCGAAUGUACAGCGGGGGCAGCGGCGGCGGGGGGGCCCUCAGCAAGUCCCCCGAGACGUGCGCAGGGGCUUCGCGCCCCUACGCCCUGAGCGGCGCGGCCGAGAAGGUGAGCUCGUCCCCCUUGAACUGCAUGCACGGCAACUUCUCGGUGGGGCAGUACUUCGCCCCUCCCUGGAACAGCAUCUUGGUGACCCCCAACAGCGACUGUUACAACCCGCCGGAGCUGGGGGCCGGGCCCCGCGAGCUGGGGGUGCCCCCCGCCGAGGGGCUGCCCAGCAAGACGCUCUGCAAUACCUCCAUCCUCAGCAGCAGCCUCCAGUCCCUGGAGUAUCUCAUCAACGACAUCCACCCGCCCUGCAUCAAGGAGCAGAUGCUGGGCAAGGGCUACGAGACCGUGUCUGUGCCAAGGCUCUUGGACCACCAGCACGCCCACAUCCGCCUGCCCGUCUACAGAUAAGGAACCGAUGCUGCUUUUCCCAAACCCAGGGGCGAGGACUUUGGCGCGAGCCGUGCUCCCCGCCGGCACCGUGCGGGUACCGGACCGUGGCAGCGAGGAGGGCGGGGGGACGGGGAGGGGGACAUGGGGUCGGCUGCCAAAAGGGCUCCCGGGACACUGGCGUUUCACUGGGGUCCCCAGACUGGAUACACCCGCAACCCGCCGGAAGCCGAGGACGAAGGACCGCUUGUCUAUAUAGCUCAGAAAUCAUUUUAUCUCCACGAAUGUGAACAGGGAAUCGCUACGAGUUGCUGCUAUCCAGGGAGAGGAGGCUCCGCUCCGGGCGCCCGGCCGGAUCCGUGCGGGGCAGAGCCCUGUGCCGCGGCCGGCCGAGAGGCUCACUGGCAGCCGGUGCCAGCCCGGCAGCCAGCCGGUGCGCGGUGGCCGCAGGGAGCUCGCGCCUGACCUGUAGCUGAAGUCCGUAACUUGCACUGCUUUGAUUAAAGCUAAUAAUUGGGGACAGUCUGGAGGCUAUUUAAGAAAAACACUUGAAAACUUGAACAGAUUUUUUUUUUAAUUUUUUUUUUUUUUUAGUUGACUAGGCUGUACAUCUACGUGUUGGCUGCUACAGAGUCUCCUCCCGCCCCUCUUCCUCCUCCUCCUCCUCCUCUUCUCGCCCGGCCCCACGUUGGCCACCGGCUCCUAUUCCCACUCAACCGGGAGGUUUGGUGGCCCCAUGCCAGGCACCCAGCAGGACCCCCGGCCCCUCUCCCUUCCCGUGGCACCCCCAGGAACCUGCCCGGGUCUCACAUUUCCAGGCUGUUUUUUUUUUUUUUUUUUUCUCCCCUUAUUGUCAGUUCUACCUUGGUUCUGGGUUAGAGGCGACCAUGGUUCCUGGGGCGCUGACAUCCCUCCUUUUUUCUCUUUUUUUUUUUAAAAAAACAGUUCCAAAAUGCUCAUUACAGUCUGUUAUUCACUAUGUGUAAUUCUGUGUUUAAUAGAUUUAUUCAUUUAAAAAAGGCUCCGCACCACAAAAUACAAAGUGUUUUGAUGUUUAAAGGAAAAAAAAAGAAAAAUUCCCUGAUGAAACCCAAGGUGAUUGUGCUCGGAAAAGAGGUACUGUAUCCCUGAAAGGCCUGUUCAAGCACUAAGUGCAUUUACAAAUCUCUGAGAAUGUUUUUUUUUUAUACUAAAAUUGACCAUUAUAUUCUACUGUGAGAAGUGCUGGCUGCACUAUAUUGUUUUAAAAAUGAGAGAAAACAAAUGAAAAAAAAAAAAAACCAAAAAAACACAAAACCCGCAAGCCGUGUGUCCGGAUGGUGUUUUUCCCAAAGUAAAACCAGGAUAUCGCUGGA